AUAAUUCUUACAUUCUGCUCGUGCAGGUGCAACGCUGGGCUCUGAACUAGCCGUUGCAGGAAAGCUAAGGGGAAAAUCACCCAUUUCAUGGUAAACCCUGCGCUUAUCUUGAGUAGCGGGCCUGUGUUUAUUACAACAGCGGAAACAGAAAGAACGGAGCUUAUUUAUCCAUUACGAGAUGGCGUCUGCAAAUGCGACAUAUGGACAGAAGGAAUCCUCGGACCAGAAUUUUGAUUACAUGUUUAAAAUCCUCAUCAUUGGAAACAGCAGCGUGGGAAAAACCUCCUUCCUUUUCCGCUAUGCAGAUGACUCGUUCACGCCGGCGUUUGUCAGCACGGUGGGAAUCGACUUCAAGGUCAAGACCAUCUAUAGGAACGACAAGAGGAUAAAACUACAGAUCUGGGACACUGCUGGUCAGGAGCGCUAUAGAACGAUCACCACAGCCUACUACAGGGGAGCAAUGGGCUUUAUCCUCAUGUACGACAUCACCAACGAGGAGUCCUUUAAUGCUGUGCAAGACUGGUCAACCCAGAUCAAGACGUACUCAUGGGACAACGCCCAGGUCCUCCUGGUGGGAAACAAGUGUGAUAUGGAAGAUGAGCGGGUGGUGGCGUCCGACAGGGGGCGCCAGCUGUCAGAGCAACUUGGUAAUGUGGCCCCGAAAGCACCUCUCAGUACACAGCACUUUGAAGUAUGGCUGCAACUAAGCAUUAUUUUAGUUAGUGAUUAUUCUGAUGAUUAAGUGGAUAAAAAAGUUGACACAAUACAGAUUUUUUAUUUAACCACUUAAGCCUUUUUUUAUGCAAUGUUAGAAAUUCUUUGAAAAAUAUAAAUAAUUAAAUUCCUUCCCUUAGCUAACAAAAUAAACAUUUUAUUCUCAACUUCAAUAACAGCAUUCUUUUAGUGAACACUUGAUAAUCUGUAGCAAAGGAAUCAUCUGCAGCUAAAAGUCCUUCAACACGUGAAUAGAUCAGGCCUUUCUGCUGGACUUAACAUCAAUACAGUGUAGGGCUCGUCUGGUUUUUUAAUGAGUUCAUUCAUUUUGAAUGAACUCAUUAAUAAAUGGAUAGCAAAAGUUGCUUGAUCGAUUUUUUUAUUUUUCAUUUUUUUACAGAAUCUGAACCAGGUCAAGCUAAAACUCAGUUGCGAUGUUCUAGGUAGAACAUAUUUACAGACAAGGGUUUUUUUCUUAAAUGAAGAAUGUAUGUAUUUUUUGUACAAUUUUGGCUUCAUUACUGGUCUGAGGAGGUGGUUCUUUCAGAAAAUUUAAUUUUUUGAGUCUAUUCUCAAUCAAUGAUUACCCAGUUACUGAAUUAGUGGAUUAUUUCAAUAAUCGAUUAGAUCCAGUUGUUUCGGCAGGACAUCAACCCUACAAACGGAACCAGAGCUAUCUUGAUAGCCAAGCAUCAAAAUAGCCCAGUCAAAGUCCAGCUAUAUGUCCAAUUGAGAUUUUGAAAAUGUCAGAUCUGAACUGGACAUGUUUCAGACAAGAAAGGACAUAUUCUUGUUACUUUUUUUUGUGGUUGGGGA